AGUCGCGAGGUGACUCCGUGGGAAGCUGGCGCUAUAAAAGAAACGCAGGCACCGUGCCUGGCCAGUGCAUAGGUGACACUCGCGCCGCGAUAUGAUGUAGUUUAACAGACGCGAGGUGUUUUCGCGGGAGGCUGGCUGCCAGCUGGCGCUAUAAAAGAAACGCAGGCACCGUGCCUGGCCAGCGCUUAGGUGACACUCGCGCCGCGAUAUGAUGUAGUUUAACAGUCGCGAGGUGACUCCGCGGGAAGCUGGCUGCCAACUGGCGCUAUAAAAGAAACGCAGGCACCGUGCCUGGCCAGUGCAUAGGUGACACUCGCGCCGCGAUAUGAUGUAGUUUAACAGACGCGAGGUCAUUUCGCGGGAAGCUGGCGCUAUAAAAGAAACGCAGGCACCGUGCCUGGCCAGUGCAUAAUGACACUCGCGCCGCGAUAUGAUGUAGUUUAGCAGUCGCGACGUGACUCCGCGGGAAGCUGGCUGCCAGCUGGCGCUAUAAAAGAAACGCAGGCACCGUGCCUGGCCAGUGCUUAGGGACUGUCGCGCAGUGAUGUUAUGUUAUCUGAAAGUCAUGCGGUAAAUUCACAGGAAGCUAGCUAGAUAUAUAAUAUGUUAUAGCGAUCAGAACUGAAAAAAUUUCGGUGUUAGAAACUUCGUGUUAAACUAAAUACACCCUAUUCAGGGUAAAAAGAAACCCCAGAAUUAAUAACAAAUUCAAUUCCUCUACACAAUUGGAAAUAUGCAAUCCAACAGCGGUUCUGUGGCACAAAGCAUUGAAUCAUUGCCUGCCACCAACAGCAGCAAGGAGGAAUCUACUUUAGAUGCCAUACUUAUACGUUUAGGGGAAUUUGGGCGCUUUCAGAUCGUCAUACUUGUGUUAACCUGCCUGCCAGUUCUAUUUAAUGCCGUAUCGUCGGUCACAUAUAUUUUCACAGCUGGAAAUGUGGCGCACAGGUGCAAUAUCACGGAAUGCGAUGGGCCACAGAGCGCUUACGAUGAGCCAUGGGUUAAAUAUGCCAUACCAUUAAAGGGCCGUGAUCUAGAUCAGUGUCAACGAUACGCGCACAUAGCAAUUACAAACUGGACCGUUACAAGUGAAGAUGAACAAUAUUGUACAGCAGAUUUAUUUGAUGACAAGAAGACGCAGGACUGCCCCGACAAUAAUUUCAUAUUUCGCGAUGACGAAGUGACCAUAUCGAAUGAUUUCGGCAUCUACUGCAAUGAUGAGUGGAAGCUGACGCUCACCGGUACCAUUAAUAAUGUUGGACAAUUUGUCGGUAUACCAUUAGGUGGUUUGAUAUCGGAUAAAUACGGUCGUCGAAAUGCACUCGCGCUUGGCGGCGUGCUGAGCGCCUUAUUUGGGAUUAUGCGCUCGUUUACUACCUCCUAUGUUCCAUUUUUGGUCUUCGAGUUCCUCGACAACGUCGCCAAUAGCUCACUCUAUUCCAUUUGCUUUAUUAUUGGCAUUGAGCUGGUGGGUCCCAGCAAGCGCGUAUUUGCCUGCAGUGUAAUUACGAUCUUCUACGCUAUCGGCGAAAUGCUCUUAGCCGUGGUCUCUAUGUACUUUCCGAAUUGGCGUAUUAUGCUACGUAUAUUUUACAUACCAGCAUUGGCUAUGAUCUCCUAUUACUGGGUACUGCCGGAGAGUGUGCGUUGGCUGCUAAGUCAGGAACGUGAAACCGAAGCUACCGACAUCCUGAAGCGUGUGGCGCAAAAAAAUAAACGUAGACUUUCCGAUGCAACGUUGGAUAAAUUGAUUUUGGCGAAUCGUGAGAAGCUAAGCAUUCAAAGCGGUGGUCGUUUCCCUUUGCGUGAGGCUUUCGGCAAAUUAUUCUUUCGUAUUGCAAACUGUUCGCUUUCUUGGGUAGUGACGGUGCUGGUCUACUAUGGUCUCAGUUUGAACUCGGUCCUAUUGGGCGGUAAUAAAUAUUACAAUUUCAUAUUGAUUGCGCUUGUGGAAAUUCCCGGGUUUUUUAUGCCCUGUCUGACGAUAGAUCGAUAUGGUCGACGAUAUUCGCUAUGCGGUUUUAUGUUACUCAGUGGUAUAUGCUGUCUUUGUACGGUGUUUGUGGAUUCAGAAAAAUAUUAUCUACAGUUGAGCUUGUUCCUGGUGGGUAAACUAGCAAUCACCGCAGCGUUCCAAGUUUUAUACUUUUUCACUUCGGAAAUAUUUCCAACGAACUUGCGCAACAGUUUGAUGUCUUUUUGCUCGAUGGUUGGCCGUUUUGGUUCAAUGGUAGCACCACAGACGCCUUUGUUGGCUAAAUAUUAUGAGAAUGCGCCCGCCGUAAUAUUUGCAGUUUGCGCUCUAGUCAGUGGUUGUUUGGCGCUGCUCUUUCCAGAAACCUCAAAUACAAUAUUACCGACGACAGUGCACGAGGCGGACAAAAUUGGCAAUAGGAAAUCCUCGGACAACCCAAACAGCAGCAAAUUUAAUUUAGAUAAUGAAAGUACUUAUAUGUAAUUAGUUAUUUAAACAGUGUAUUAAUUUAGUAAUUUAAGAAUAAUAAUGAAAUUGUAUGAUAUAGGAAGUAAAAUAAAAUUUUUAACUUAUAUUGUUGACAA